GGCGCUUUUCUUUCUCUGCUCUUUAAACUGUCAGACCUGCAGAAACACGAUUUCGCUGCUUCUCCACCCUCCAAAUGAAGGACUCGCUGUUCGGUAGUACAUUGCCACUAAGUUGAGCCCCACAGCUAUUUUGUGUGUCUUAUGAAUAAUACUGGAUACCAGUGCCAGUGUGAGGAUCAGUAUUUCUGGCCAUGUGAUAAGUGCACAAAGUAUGGACGCUGUGACAACAUCACUGGUGACACAUGUGGAUGCAUCAGUGGUUUUCCAAAUGAUGCACAGUUCUGUCAACCAUCGAUAGAGCUGACUAAUGUGACAACAUGCCCAACUCCACCACCACCAGCGCCGCCUCCCACUGAAUAUGUGGUUGAAUUUGAGAUUGACACAGUGGAUGCAGCAGUGCUUAAUCAGCUGAGAACUCUUCUGAAGAACCUCAGUUUACCCUUUGGAAUAAGUGACGAUCAGAUCACUGAACUCAACAUCACUACAGUGUGUCUUUUGAAUAAUACUGGAUACCAGUGCCGGUGUGAGGAUCAGUAUUUCUGGCCGUGUAACAAGUGCGCAGCGUAUGGACCCUGUGACAACAUUAAUAAUGUCACAUGUGGAUGCAUCAGAGCCGUUCCAAAUGAUGGACAGUUCUGCCAACCAAUGACAGAGCUGGCCAAUAUCACAGUAUGUCCAACUCCAGACAUGGACGAAUGUACUGUGAUUCCUGGAGUGUGUGGUCCAAAUGCAAACUGCACCAAUACUGUAGGAAGCUACAGUUGUUCAUGCCUGACUGGAUAUAAUGUUACAAAUACAACUAUUCCUCUCAGUGUCAGCAACCCAUGCAGAGAUGUGAAUGAAUGUAUGGAGAUUCCUGAAGUGUGUGGGCCAAAUGCAAACUGCACCAAUGUUGCUGGAAACUACAGCUGCACAUGCCUGAGAGGAUAUAAUGUGACAGAUCCCUACUUUCCUAUUAAUAUGAGCAACCCAUGCAGAGAUGUGAAUGAAUGUACUGAGAUUCCUGGUGUGUGUGGACCAAAUGCAAACUGCACCAAUACUGUUGGAAACUACAGCUGCACAUGCCUGAGAGGAUACACUGUGACAAAUCCAUACUUUGCUAUUAAUAUGAGCAACCCAUGUAGAGAUGUGGAUGAAUGUACUGAGAUUCCUGGUGUGUGUGGACCAAAUGCAAACUGCACCAACGCUGUUGGAAACUACAGCUGCACAUGCCUGAGAGGAUACACUGUGACAAAUCUUUCCUUUCCUAUCAAUGUUGGCAACCCAUGCAGAGCGCCGCCUCCCACUGAAUAUGUGGUUGAGAUUGAGAUUGACACAGUGGAUGCAGCAGUGCUUAAUCAGCUGAGAACUCUUCUGAAGAACCUCAGUUUACCCUUUGGAAUAAGUGACGAUCAGAUCACUGAACUCAACAUCACUACAGUGUGUCUUUUGAAUAAUACUGGAUACCAGUGCCGGUGUGAGGAUCAGUAUUUCUGGCCGUGUAACAAGUGCGCAGCGUAUGGACCCUGUGACAACAUUAAUAAUGUCACAUGUGGAUGCAUCAGAGCCGUUCCAAAUGAUGGACAGUUCUGCCAACCAAUGACAGAGCUGGCCAAUAUCACAGUAUGUCCAACUCCAGGUAAAUAAAAGCAUUUGUACAAUA